AUGCACAAGUCACGUCAAAAGAGCUAUGCAGACAACCGCAUGAAAGACAUUGAGUUUCAAGCAGGAGAAAAGGUGUUUCUCAAGAUUUCUCCUACAAAAGGGUUGCAAAGAUUCCAUAGAAAGGGUAAGUUGAGCCCGAGAUACAUUGGCCCAGUUGAGAUUUUAACUCGGGUUGGCUCAGUAGCCUACAUUCUUGCUCUGCCACCUUCACUCGGGAAUGUUCAUAAUGUAUUCCAUGUAUCCAUGCUGAAGCGAUACGUUCAUGAUCUAUCGCAUAUAUUACCCGUGGAACCAGAAUAUCUAGAAGCUGAUAUGACCUAUACAGAGCAGCCAACUGAAAUCUUGGACCGAAAAGUGAAAACCCUUUGCAACCGUUCCAUUUCCUUCAUAAAGGUGCGAUGGGCUAAUCAUUCACUUGAAGAAGCAUCUUGGGAGAAAGAGGAUGAAAUCCAAGCCAAGUACCCUCAUCUU